AUGUUCUGUUUCGAUGGUGUUGAUUUAACAUGGGGUAUGGCUCCGUAUGUUGGUAACGACGCCGAAGACGAGGUUCUACCAAGACACCCUUCCUUCAAAGACCUCUUAAGACCUGGUCUCAUAAAGAACUCUAUCUAUCUUCGUACCUCAAGGUUAGGUCCCGUCAAACCACCAGCCUUCCCUUGUGAAGAUAUCAAAGCAGGGCUGUCACAACACUCAAGUCCUACAAGCAAAGCAACAGUAUUUCAGGAGCCGACAAAUCUAUUACCACCACUUCCGCCUCCGGACCUCUCUCCACCAAGAUCACCAUCAAGAUUCCUCGCCAAGAAAGUCAAAGUACCACAAAAAGAUAAAAAACCACCUGUCAGAAUGGCCUGA